AUGCUGCUGCUUCUGCUACUGCUGCGGGCCAGGCGCAACGCGCAGCAGAAGUCGGGGCGCGCGCGCGCCGAUUCGCGGGCGGCCGGGAGGGCGCUCCUGCUGUCGUCGGACGCUUACCUCCAGCUGGCCGGGCGGGUCGCCGUGUGGAGGGAGCAGGUGGUGCGGGUCAUGGAGGCGGACGCCCAGGAGGCGAAGGCGGAGGCGAACGCUCGGCAGAAGGAGCGCGUCGCUGCCAUCCUCGCGGGCACGGACGCUGCGGGCGCGGGCGCGGGGGUGGAGGAGGCGCUCAAUUGCUGGGAGGAGGGUGCGUACGAAGCGGAGACGCUGGAGGCGCUCGCCGAGUUCGGCGAUUGA